AUUUACCGCCAAAAUGUCUGAAUGACGACGUCAGCGCCACAUGACCAUAAAGGCUUGUUUACUUGCAAUGCUCUGUUUAUUUCUCUUUAAUGAGGGAAUAAUUAAUCCAUUUAAAUGCGACAAUCGUAAAUAAUGGGAACAAAAAUCUUGAAGGAUAUACAAAGUGAUAUAAAACUUUUGAUUACGGUGAUAACUGAUUUCGAAGAAAAUGAAGAAGGAUUUCAAAUUUGCGAACGUUUUGCUGUUUCCAACAUUAAACAUCAUCAAUAUCUUUCGGUUAACAGUCAUGCAACGAAACAAUCUAUUAACAAUAUUAUUACCAAAUUAUCCAUAUAUGGGAAAUUUAAAGAGGCUAAAAAGUUUCAAGAACUUGUUGAUUUCUUUCUAACUAGUUUUGAUUUCGACCAUCAUCCGCAGUAUGACUUACAAUGGUCUUUGCUGGCUUUGUUAUUAGAUUUAUCAUCUGAUAUCGACAAAGCAGAUUUGAAUAAUUUAAAAUCCUAUCAAGGAGAAUUUAAUUCGAAUGUCACUAUUGCAAGUGAAAAAGAUGCUAUUCAAGAGAUCGAUUGGGCACAUUAUUUGAAAGAAGGAGAAGAAGAUUUCUUUUGUGAUUUUAACAAUGACGAAAGUAGCGAUGAGUGGUCAGACGAUGCAGAAGUACCAAAUCUUUCUUGUGUUCCCUUUGAAACAACUCUGACAACUGUAGAUGGUAUAUUGUCUGCAGAAUCAAUAGGUGAUGCUAAAUAUGGGUCUGAUAUAGUAAUGCAGUCAUUAAUAGAAGAAGUUGAAUCAAGAAAAUGGUUGAUGUCAAAUGUCCAAAAUACAUGGUGGAACGAAUCGAUAAUUUAUAAAUAUCCUGUUAACAGCAAAUAUCCUGAUGCACAUUUUUGUCAAAUUUGGCAUGAAACAGUUUAUAAGGAUUUAUCUGAUGUUAUUCUACUUAAUGAAUACCAAGUGUGUAAAGAAAUAUUGUGGAUGUUCCAUGUUCAGACACAGAUGACUAUAUUUAAGCAAGAAAAUGAAUUUUUAUUUCACAUUCGUCCUAAUGUAUCUAUACCAAGUUUAACUACUGUUGCUUUUCAAAAUAUGUUAUCUCCAUUUUGUGAAUAUUUAUCUAUGAUACACGAUAUAGAACAAUUCGACAAAGAAUUAUUGAGCACAGAUAUAAGUUACAUAGGAUAUAAAAAACCACCAUUUAUAUAUGAAGCAUAUAAUGCUGCGAUCAAAGAAAAACUCUUAAGUUUUAGAAUGGAGAUUAUAAACAUAGAGAAAGAUAUUACAGCACAAGCUAGUAGCCAAACGCUUUUGUCUUUAUUAGCCCGUCUAAAAAAGCCUUUAAAAAGAAUAAAAAUAUUGCACCAAGUUCAUAAAAUAUCUGUAUCCAACUGGAAAUUAUCAUCUAAUUGGAAUUGUGCUUCCAAAUUACUUUCAAAUUUGCUAUUGGAAAUAACAAAUUCUCACUGUCAAGAAAAGACAAAUAUAUGUAUUAAUUUAUAUCUGUCUACUAUUCCUGUAUAUUUGAAUAUUAUUGAUACAUUAUUAGGUGAAGGACGUUUAGAAGAUUGGAGAGACGAAUUUAUAAUAGAAAAAAUUUCAGAUGAAAAAGUUGCAAAAAAUAAAGACCAGUGUGUAAAAUUUCUGACAAGACCUUUGGAUGAUAUUUGUUUAAAAGAUAAUAUUAUGCAUUUACUAAUUAGCAAGGUACAACAUAUUGGACACAGUAUUGACUUACUUGUCUCGUUAAAUCGUAUCACGGAAAUGUGGAAUCAAAAAAUGAAAUCUGAUGAAGAGAGAAUUUCUCUAAAGGAUGAAUUUUAUACCUUAUUAUUGUCUGAAAUAUGCAAAUAUACAACUCAAUCAGAAGAAUUAAUUGAUAUUUCACCAUCAGAAGUAGAUGGAAUUUCGUUUAUUUCAGAGUAUGAUGAAGACUUAGAAAAGAAUAUAAUACAACAAUUAUCAACAAUGAAUAAUCCGUUUUUAAUGAAAGCCUUUAAAGAUUAUAUACCACCAACUUUAUAUGGACAAGAUAUAGUAGAUGGUAGCAAGUGUAUAUCUGCUAACUCUUGUAAUAAACGUAGAAAUAAAUUGUUUAAUAGGUACUGUAUUAUCAAAUUUUUAUAUUUAUUCAAUCUAUAUAAUAAAAAUAUAUGUGAUUAUAGAUUACAGAAAGUUGCAGAACAUGCGUUGCCAUUAAAGAAAAUUUUAGAAAAAGUAUUGUCUGAAAUUUUAGAUUUACGCUACAGUAGUGCAACUAAGUUAGUAAAAAAUAUAAUGAUGCAGGAAUAUAAAUUAGAAGCACAUUUAAGAUUAAUGAGAUCCGUUUAUAUGAUGGAGGCUGGCCAUAUUAUGAAUAAAUUUUAUCAGAUAUUAUUUCAUGAGAUAGAAACCAAUCAAAUGUGGAAUAAUUCAUAUUUUUUAUCAUGCAUAUUAGAAGAAAUACUUUCUCAACAAUGGCCAGAUUCUAGUUCACAUUGGUCUAUUAUAGUAAAAGAUGUUAGUACGCAUCAAGUGGUACAGGCUGUAGAUAGUAUAACACUGUAUUAUGCAACAGGAUGGCCCAUAAAUAUUAUCUUAAAUGAAGACAUUUUAAUUAAGUAUAACGAAAUAUUUCGAUUUCAAUUGAAAUUAAAGUGGGCCUUAUGGACGUUAAAUAAUUUGAAAUUCGUGGAUCUGGAAGGUUUAAAGUCACUACAUGCUAAAAACAAUAUCGAACACUUCCAAAUAAGACGUCUUGAGAGUUUACGUUUUUGGUUAUUGCAUGCUAUAGGAUCGAUUCAUGCUUAUCUAUCAGGACAAGUAUUGCAAAGUUUAGGAUUCAUGUUCGAUCAAUCUUUAACUCAAGCUGAUAGUCUCGAUAGAGUUAUAUCUGUCCACAGAGAAUAUUUAGAUAAAGUUCACAAGCAUUGUUUGUUAACGGAAGAAUUUGAAGAUCUAAUGACGACUGUUAACAAUUUAGUUGAAAUGUGUGUUCAUAUCCGAGGCUGUUGGGACUAUAAGAAACUAUUACAUACUGUAACAGAGUUAAGUUUAAUGGAAAACAGUUAUAUAAAAUACCAUACAUAUCUUGCAUUGACUUUACAUAACACGGUCCAGCAUAAAGAUGCAGAUUAUCUGGUGGGAUUAAGUUCAGCCUUUAACUGCAGUAUGCCAAGCAUAUAAAAUAUUAAUGUAUCAUAAGAUUUGUUUAUAGAUGUCAUUCUCUCAUCGUCAAAAACUAUCGUAUAAGUUUUUAAAUUACAUCAUUAAUGUAAUUACGAUAUCAUCUUUCUUCCAUUACAUAUACUUUUGUUUUAUAUCAGUCUUCAGAUGUAAAUUAUUUCGGAUAGGAAAAAGAAAAGAAAAAAGACAAAGUAUUACACUGUAUGUACAAUGUACAGUGUGGAAAAAUU